AUGGCCAGCCCCGGACAGAAAGUGGUGCUCAUCACGGGCUGCUCCUCCGGGAUCGGCCUGCGCAUGGCUGUGAUGCUGGCCAAAGAUGAGCAGAAGCGCUACCAUGUCAUAGCCACAAUGCGAGACCUGAAACGGAAGGACAAGCUGGUGGAGGCGGCUGGAGACGCCUACGGAAAGACCCUGUCUCUGGCAGUGCUGGACGUGUGCAACGACGAGUCGGUCAAACAGUGCAUCAACGGCAUCAAGGAUCGCCACGUGGAUGUCCUCAUUAAUAAUGCAGGUAUUGGCCUGGUGGGUCCAGUGGAGAGCAUCCCCAUAGAGGAGAUGAAGAAGGUGUUUGAGACCAACUUCUUUGGAGUGAUCCGCAUGAUUAAAGAGGUGAUGCCUGACAUGAAGAAGCGACGCGGGGGACACAUCAUCGUGGUGAGCAGUGUCAUGGGUCUGCAGGGAGUGGUGUUCAACGAUGUGUAUGCAGCAUCCAAAUUUGCCAUGGAGGGCUUCUGCGAGUGUUUAGCUGUGCAGCUUCUCAAGUUUAAUGUUACCUUGUCCCUGAUCGAGCCUGGCCCGGUGCACACAGAGUUUGAGGUGAAGAUGAUGCAGGAGGUGAAAGAGAGAGAGUGUCCUGGCGCUGACCCUGACACUGUGCACUAUUUUAAGAACGUCUACCUCCCGUCUUCUCUGGAUAUCUUUGAGGCACUGGGGCAGACUCCGGACGACAUUGCCAAAUGUACCAAGAAGGUGAUUGAAGCAAGCAGACCGCGCUUCCGGAACCUCACCAACCCCUUGUACACGCCCAUCGUAGCCAUGAAGUAUGCCGACGAGACUGGAGGCCUGUCUGUCCACGCCUUCUACCACAUGCUCUUCAACAUGGGCUCUCUGAUGCACAUCAGCAUGACUGCCAUGAAGUACCUGACCUGUGGCUGUCUGAGGAGCCGAACGGUGUCACCAAACUGA